AUGAAAAUCCCAGAACAACCCCUGAAUAGAGAUGAGAAGUACCAAAGUUUCAAGAAAACAGGGCAGCAAGACCAUACUGAUAAUGACUUCCUCACUGUACUUCUCCAAGACCACAUUGGAGGCUUCCAAGUCUUGCAUCAAAAUACUUGGGUUGAUGUUCCACCAGUCCCUGGAGCCUUAGUUGUCAACAUUGGAGAUCUUUUGCAACUUAUAACAAAUGACAAGUUCAAAAGUGUAAAGCACAGAGUGGUGGCUAACCAUAAAGGGCCAAGAGUAUCAGUGGCAUGCUUUUUCAGCACCAGUUUUCAGCCCUCUACAAGACUGUAUGGUCCCAUUAAGGAGCUCUUAUCUGAAGAUAAUCCUCCAAUCUACAAAGAAACCACAGUGCAAGAGUAUGUUUCUUACCUUGCCACACACGGCAUCGGUAGCCCUCUUCAGCGUUUUAGGCUUUAAACUUGGCGAUGCUGCUUUGAUGAAGCUUCUCCACUGAUACAGACACUCUGCUAAGAACAUUUUUGGCUUCAUGGAAAAUGU